AUGGACGGAGGGGACGUUGCUCCUUGCAAGAACCCGGAACCCGGUGUUGGCGGAACCGGGCGGAGUUUUCUGCCCGGCAACCGGCGCAACAGAACCGUGUGUUGCCGGGGCAACAAGCGGGAAGCCAUGCAGCCCCCCCAGAUCUUCUUCUCCCCGCAGCACGAGGCCCUCCUGCGCCCCGAAAACCUGGCCUCCGUCGGCUUCCACAUGGCUCCGUGCGGCUGCUUCUUCGACCCGCGCAUCUACCGCAUCGAGUGGGCCGCCUCCUCCGCCUCAACUGCCACUUUUGCUCCGCCCGCCUCCUCCGUCUACAAGCUCUCGGCUCCGCCCAGGAGCGCCUUCCUGUUGGAGCCCAAGCCCCGCCCCUCUCCCCAGGCCCCGCCCCCUGUGGCCCUUCCUCCCGACCACGAGGGCCCGGGGCCCGACUUGGAGGCGGGGCCUAGCUUGUGGGAGGAGCUAGAGGAGGAGGAGGAGGAGGCGGGGCUGCUGGGCGGGGAGGAGCCCAAAGUGACACAGGACGAGGGCGGCAAGGGCGAGGCGUCGCUCUUCCUGCCGGACAAGGUGCUGCUGGAGGUGGCCAUGAAGCUUUUCGACUGCUCGCCGCCCGACGCCGAGGCCCAGGCCGCUUCCGCCGGGAGGGGCAGAGCGAGGCGGGCCGCUUCCUGCCCGGGGGACGACAUCCGCUCGCUGCACCUGCCGGAAGAGCUGCUCUCCUUCGACUACAGCGUCCCCGAGGCCGCCCCCUCCGCCCUGGACUUCCUCUUCCCCCUCCCCUCCUCCCCUCCCCCACAGGAAGAGGAACAGGAAGCGGAAGCCCCGCCCCAGGACGACGACGCCCCCACCUGACCCCGCCCGCCCUCCCACACAUUAAACACAAAAACAACG